CAGAAUUUAAAACAUGCCAGUUGAUGCCAUUGAUUCAUUUCCGUCUUUAGAGACAUGUGGUAUAUCAAUCCUUAUCAUCACCAGCCAUGACAGAAAUAGGUUCGCGGUCAGUUGCUCUAGUCGUAGGUGCAUCUCGGGGCAUCGGACGACAGGUCGCCAUAGAUCUGGCCAAGAACGGUUACAGAGUGGUUGUGGCAGCUAAGAGCACAUCGGAUGCUUCCAAGACCUCGCCAUUCCCGCCAGAUCCAAACUCCCCUGCAUCCACCAUCAGCACCGUGCAGCGUGAAAUCCAAGAGAAUGGCGGAGAAGCCAAAGCCAUCCAGGUCGACACCAGGGAUUUCGACAGUGUGACGCGUAUGGUUGAUUCUACUGUGGAGGUAUACGGCCGUUUGGAUGUAAUAAUUUACAAUUCUGGGGCAAUCUGGUGGGCAUCGGUGGAAAACACACCUAUGAAACGGUUUCAGCUUAUGCAAAAGGUGAACGUGGAGGGCUUAUAUGGCGCUGUUCAGGCUGCCCUGCCGCAUUUCAGGAAUAAUGGUUGGGAAGGCAGGAUAAUCGUCGUCAGCCCGCCGAUCUAUUCGAGAUUUUUCCGAGGAAAGACUGCCUAUGCGAUGGGCAAAGUAGCGAUGUCUGUGUUGGCUAAGGGUCUAUCCAUGGAUUGGGUAAGAGAAGGCAAAAAGGAUAUGGCAAUUACAAGCAUUUGGCCAGCAGUUGCAAUCCAAUCAGCUGCUACACCUGACCAAAACUUCAUACGGGAUCUGAGAAAACCGACUAUUUUCUCUGAUGCGAUUUUGGCUAUGCUCCGCUCGCCCGCUGAGGAGGUCAACGGUUGCCUCGAGCUUGAUGAAGACUUCCUUCGUAAAAAGGGUGUUUCCGACUUCUCAAAGUACAGUGUCGUGCCCGGAAGCAACCCGCGAAGGAUCAUGCCCGCCCAACUGCCAGAGCUAACGGUGGCAGAACAAGAUGACGAGGGACGUCGAGUAGAUAGCACCAAGUUGCGGGCGUCAAAGUUAUAGUCACAUGAUUUUAGCACGAAUUUGGUGCGGCCCAAUAGGAAGCGCAUGCAGCUUCUGCUCUCACCUCUGGAAGGUAGUUGGACUCGUAC